CUUCAUCACACUUACAGAUCCUAGCUUUAGCUUCACAAUUUUUGUUAGUUGUAUACUUGUAUAGUAGCUAGGAUAAUGAGUUCCUCAUCCGGUUGUUGUUCUUGGUUGCCCAAUCCUGGUAUCCUCGGCCUGCUGGCUUUCACAGUAGUGUUUUUUGGUCGGGCAGAGUGUCGGGCGUUCUUCGUUUUCGGAGACUCCCUGGUCGAUAAUGGCAACAACAACUACCUGGCCACCACUGCCCGCGCCGACGGCCCGCCUUACGGCAUCGACUACCCCACCCAUCGAGCCACCGGCCGCUUUUCUAAUGGCCUCAACAUUCCAGAUAUCAUUAGUGAGCGAUUGGGGAUGGAGCCAACGUUGCCAUGUCUGAGUCCAGAUCUAAAGGGAGAGAAGCUUCUUGUCGGAGCCAACUUCGCUUCCGCCGGCGUCGGAAUCCUCAAUGACACCGGCGUUCAGUUUAUGAAUAUAAUCAGAAUUGGGAAUCAGCUGGAUUAUUUUCAAGAAUAUCAGAGGCGGGUGAGCGAUCUGAUCGGCGCGGCUGAUGCCAAGCAGCUGGUUAACAAGGCCCUGGUGCUCAUCACUCUCGGCGGCAACGAUUUCGUCAACAACUACUACUUGGUGCCCUUCUCCGCCAGAUCUCGCCAGUUCACUAUUCCCGAAUACGUUCCCUUUCUCAUUUCCGAGUAUCGCAAAAUUCUUCAGAGACUAUAUGAUAUGGGAGCUAGAAGGGUAAUUGUUACAGGAACCGGACCAAUUGGGUGUGUACCUGCGGAGCUGGCUCAGAGGAGCCGAGCCGGGGAGUGUGCUGUUGAUUUGAUGCGCGCCGCUGCCUUGUUCAACCCCCAGCUGACCCAAAUGUUAGCCGAGCUCAACAGUGAGCUCAAAGCCGAUGUUUUUAUAGCCGCUAACACUUACAAUAUGCACAUGGACUUCAUCUUCAACCCUCAGGCAUUUGGAUUUGUGACUUCAAAAGUGGCAUGUUGUGGGCAAGGACCAUACAACGGAAUAGGACUGUGCACUCAGGCAUCAAACUUAUGCCCGAACAGGGAUAUAUAUGCGUUUUGGGAUCCAUUCCAUCCAUCAGAAAAGGCAAACAGGAUAAUUGUGGAGGGGAUCUUCGCUGGCUCCCCCCAGUACAUGCACCCAAUGAACCUCAGCACCAUCAUGGAAUUGGAUUCUAGGACCUAAUUAAUUAGUUAAUAAAUAUAUUGUAAUGGUACUGUUAUUUUUUUUUCGGGCAAUUGUUGUUUUCUUGAAUUGUCAUUAUAUUAUAGCUAGAGGACAUGCAUAUGGUGCUUUUUAGUUAAUUUGUAUUCCUUAAAAUCAUGAUUUUAGUCCAUAUAUUUGAUGUUUAAUCGGGAUUGCAAUAAACAAAUAUUUAUUUUA